CCUGGUAGGGCCGUUACAGCGUUGGUCUCAGCAUGCACCCCAGACUUUAGGUACUGCGCUAAGAUGGAUGGGUUCGUUCCGCCAUUGAUUUGGCCGAUUUCGUCAGCCCUGCGAGCCAGGGACUUGCCUCGAGUGACUGUCCCAACCCGUCUCGUCUCUUCCAUAAUAGGCUGUCGAACCACCCCCAAUUCGCUUUCCUGCAGCGAAUUCACAACUAUCUCCCCUUCUCUACACGCCACUCUGCAACUGACUCCGAUCUAUCGAUUGAGUCCCCCGUCUCAGUCCAGCAAGUCCCGUCCCGAAUCUAUCCAUUAGGUCGCCCAAUCCGAACACUCACCGGCCCGCUCCGUCUUGGGCGCCAUCACCAUGUGCCGGUUCCUGGUCUACAAAGGGAGCGACGAGAUCUUGCUUUCAAAGCUAGUCCUCGACCCAGCACACUCCAUCCUCAAGCAGUCAUUUGACUCUCGCCUCCGGCUGGACACUCGACGUGGUCAAAACAACGCCGACGGGUUCGGCAUUGGCUUCUACACCGACCCCAAGUUAGGCGCUGCGCCGUGCCUCUUCACCUCGACCACACCAGCCUGGAACUGCGUCAACCUCCAACGAUUGGCUUCCAAGACAGCCUCUCACCUUAUCUUCGCCCAUGUCCGCGCCACCACCGAAGGGUCACUGAGCGAAGACAAUUGCCACCCAUUCUCCCACGGCAGCUUGAUCUGGAUGCACAAUGGCGGCAUCGGCGGCUGGAAGCAGAUCAAGAGGAGGCUCGGCGAGCGGCUGGCCGACAAGUGGUAUCUUGGAGUAGUGGGAGGGACCGACAGUGAAUGGGCAUUUGCCUUGUUCUUGGACACACUCGAGCGCAUGGGACACAACCCCAGUUCCCAGCCAGCCGAUGGGUUUGGGCCAACGGUUCUUAGAAAGGCGAUGCUCAAGACAAUUGCCAUCAUCAACGAACUCAUCGACAACAUUCCCGAGAGCGUUAUCCACUCUGAGAAUGUUGAUACCAGAAGUUUACUCAACUUCGCCGUAUCAGACGGCCAUAGCGUCAUCUGCACUCGCUACGUAGGUAGUGCCUCGGACGAAGCCGCCAGUUUAUACUACUCGUCGGGCACACUCUGGGAAACCCGCGCUCCCACCCCCGACAAGAGGGACUAUCAAAUGGAGCGCAGCGACAAGGGGGCAGAUGUAGUUCUAGUAGCCAGUGAACCCCUUUCCUUUGAGCGAGAAAACUGGGUCAACGUCCCAACAAACUCAAUCCUCACCAUCCACAAUCAGACGGUAAUGGUUCAUCCCAUCAAAGACCAAUACUACGACCGCAACCCCCAACACCGCCGCUCGGCAGCCUUUGUCCGAGCCCGCGGCCUCUCGGCCAACGAGAAAACCACCCUCCGCGCCGGCAUCUCGGGCCCAAUUCCCACCAUCGCCGGCCCAUCCACCACUUGCGGUCCAGCUUGCGCGCCCCAACCUCAAGAGAACAAACAAAACCACCCACAAAAACGCCUCCUCGGCCCCACGAUCCCUACCUUUCCUUAUGCCCGUCAAGAGAGCAGUUCAACCGUUCCAAGAACACGGACACCACUCUCGCAUUCAGAGUCGAGCUCGACGCUUGUCGGCGGGGCUCCUCCAGCACCGGAGGUGCCGACUGUGAGACAAACCCAGCCAAGUCAGGGAAACAUCAAGAAGAAGAGGGCGAGCUUGAGCGCGGUAGAUGCGGGAGGGCACGCGGGGAUGCUGGGGCCGUAUUUGAGCGAUACCAGUCCUGUGACGCCGGAGCCGACGCCGGUAAGGACAGAAUAUGGGAAUCCGGAUAAGAUUGCGAGGAUGUUUCCCGAGUUGGCGCUGCGGUAGGGUUGCUGGUGACUCUUUGGGGGAUACUGUUUUGGGCAAAGGUCGGUUAGGGGCACAAUUGGCGUACUGCGGAGUCAAAAGUUAUGGUUUGGCUUGUUUCGGCGUUGGUUGGGAAGUGGAAUAAGCGGGAUCGGAUACCUCUUGUUUUGUGUAUAUGUCUUUGUAAUUAUUCUCGAAUUCAAGCUUUCAGAUUUGGAACACUUUGAUCAG